GACAGCUGUACCUGAAUGUGAUGCUGGAGAACUUUGAACUUAUAUCCUCGCAGGGUUGCUGCUGUGGAGCAGAGGAUGUGGAGGCACCCACUGAACAGAAGGAUUCUGUAAGAGUGUCACAGGCAAGUAUUCCCAAGUUACCCUUGUCUUCCCAGGAGAGCCACCCCUGUGAGAGGUGUGGGCUAGUCUUGGGAAACAUUUUCCACUUGACUGAGCUGCAGGGAAUACAACUCGGACAGAUACUGUUGAGGUGUGGGGCGUGUGCACAAGGAUUUUAUUUCAGUACAAAAUUUCACCAGCAGCAUGUGAGAGAGCAGACUUUCAUUAGAGGUGUGGACAGGAUCUCACUUGCAAAAAGCUGCAAUUUCCAGGUGUCCCAGAAUCAUGUCACCUGUGGGGAGGUGGUGCAGGGUGUCCUUACCGAGUCAGGACAUCUCCACCUAAAGGCUGCUGAGACCAGCGAUAGGCCAGAAGAUAUUUUGAAAUGUGAGGUGAAGUUUCAAAGGAGAGAAGAAUAUAACAAGGUCAUUGGCUGCAAUCACACGUUUAUUCAGGACAAGUGUGUCCAUGCUGGAAGUCAGUGUUUUCCGUGCUAUGAAUGUGGAAAUUACCUUACCCAAUUUUCUAGUUUUUAUGAACAUGGAGAAAAGCCUUACAAAUGCAGUGAAUGUUGGAAAUCUUUUACGACGAUGCAUAGCCUUCGUUGUCAUCAGAGAUUUCACACAGGAGAAAGGCCUUAUGAGUGCAGUGAAUGUGGGAAUUCUUUUACCAGUAGCACUGCCCUUCGUCGUCACCAGAGACUUCACACUGGAGGAAAGCCGUACAAAUGCGGUGAAUGUUGGAAAUCUUUUAAGAGAAUUGAAAGCCUUCAUUGUCACCAGAGAUUUCACACUGGAGAAAGUCCUUAUGAGUGCAGGGAAUGUGGGAAAUCUUUUACCAGGAGCAAUGCCCUUUGUCGUCAUCAGAGAGGUCACACUGGGGAAAAACCUCAUAAAUGCAGUGAAUGUGGGAAAUCUUUUGCCACUAGCAGUGAGCUACACCGUCAUCAGAGAGUUCACACAGGAGAAAAGCCUUAUAAGUGCAGUGAAUGUGGGAAAUCUUUUACAAGAAUUGAUAGCCUUCAUUGUCACCGGAGAUUUCACACCAGAGAAAGUCCUUACGAGUGCAGUGAAUGUGGGAAAUUUUUUAUCAAGAGCAGUGGCCUCCAUUAUCAAAGUUUUCCCACGGAAGAAAAACCUUAUACAUGCAGUGAAUGUGGGAAAUCUUUUACCAGGAACAGUGAUCUUCAUCUUCAUCAGAGAGUUCACACUGGAGAAAGGCCUUAUGAGUGCAGUAAAUGUGAGAAAUCUUUUACCACUAGCAGAUACCUUCUUUGUCAUCAAAGAGUUCACACAGGAGAAAAGCCUUAUAAAUGCAAUGAAUGUGAGAAAUCUCUUACCAGGAGCGAUCAUCUCCUAUAUCAUCAGAGAUUUCACAGUGGAGCAAGCCAUUAUGAGUGCAAGUAAUGUGAGAUAUCUCUCAGCCAAUUUUUUAAAAUUGUCUCUGCAUAAAAGAGUCGAAUUGUGCGAAAUUUCUUAGAUGUGUGGAACAUGUUUCUUAGUUCGGUCUUAGCAAUAGUAUUAGAAAAUUUGUGAAUUCUCAUUAAUCUGAAUUGUAGCUCAUACAUUUAAUCACCUGCAUUAUGUAAAGUCUCCUCAAGUGACUUUGUUGUUGUGUUUUGUUUGUUUUUAUGUUGGUAUCAUAUGUAUCUAUGUUACACUUUCUAACAUACGGAGACAUGUUGCCAGAUCUGUGUCACUGCAUAUUUCUGUUGCUGAAGGUAUUUCACCUGAACCACCUAUAAGGUCCCUACAGAUGGCAUCAGUCACCAUCCUCUUAUGCCCAGCAAAGCUAACUCUGUUGUCUAAUUUGUUGAAGAAAAUGAGGAAUACCUGAGCCCUUGGUUCUUACUUGUUUCCCUGUCAUAAGUUGUCACAUAGGACUGAUUACUGUUGGCGCCAAUAAACAUAAUGUUGCAGAGGGACUGCCAUUUUCAGGGACACACUUUCCCUAGAUGCUAAUAAUGUCUUUAUUGAGAGCCUAAGUCAUCAGUGAGAGAACUGCCAGUCUCCUCUCUCUUUGCUUUGUAAAAUAAUGAAGGCUUUUUCCUAAGACUUCUUUAAUCGUGGGUUUGCUCUUUACUCUAUGGCUAGUUUAUAAUGAGAUCUGGCCUCUCCAAGCAUGAUCAGGUGAAAAACAUUUAUUGGGUCUGAAAUAUUUUUGCCCUUGGGGGAACAUUAUGGUGCAGAAAUUAGCUCAGCAGUUUUUGCCAAAUUUACAUUGCUGCCCAUAUUUUCCUAGGAAACACUCUGGACUCUCUAGUCCUCAUGUGAUGUCUGGAUGCUUUGAGACACAGAGAUCACUCCAAGAAAGGGGUUGCUGUCACAACCUCCAGUACGUCUUCUAGCAACAUGAAUUUAUUUCUACUUUUCAAGGGAUACCAAGACAUUUGAAGGGAAUCACUUGCACAGGUCUUGCAGAGGGCCAUGUGCCCUAAUGCCUACAAUUUCAAGGAUGUUGGUCACUGGUUUGAGGACCAGUGCAUGUAGGGGAAAUCCUUUCCUAGCAGAAACACAGACCUAAUUAUUGUUGGACAAGAGUAUAGCCCAUUAGAUGGAAUGGGCCUCAUCUAAAUGUGCAUCCGGGCUUUUUAAAAAAAAAAAAAAAACUAUAAGAGCUGUGUGUACACAUAUCUGAGCAUGUUUAUCUUCUGUGGAGCAGUCAUUGUCAUUGAAUAUAAUCAGUAGCUUUUGUGGCUUCCUGUAGCUUCUCAGAUGUUCCCAUCAGACCCACUGGUGCACUGGCAGCAAAACAAAGAUGAAGACAAAGACUGUCUUUCGUCCAGGGAUGUGACUUUUGUGACCCAGCCAGCAUUCCAGUGGGUUUGGGUGAAAGUUCUUCAUUGUUUGUUACAUUUCAUGUCACUGACAUGAGACUCUCGCCCAGAGGGCAUAAGUAUGGGGAUUAAAUAUAGACUUGCCAAACCUGUUGUUCCAAAAUAGGUGAACAUACAUUUGUUUUAUCUAGAACCAUUUUUGAAAAGCUAUAAUGAGUAAAUUACAUGUGUUAAGUAUAGAGUUUCAUACAUCUUGACAUGUGCAUGAAAUUGUAACCAUCAUUAUAAUACUGACCAUAUCUGUCACUGUGUAAUUGCUUCCUGACCUCUUUUAAUCUGUCCCUGUUCUUCACAGCUUUCCUAGUAACCAUGGAUUUACAUUCCAUUUUAAUAGAGAACUUUGCUUUUUAAACUAA